AUGCACGUUGCCCUCAUGGGCACUAUUUGUUCAGGAAAGAAGAUAUUUGCCAACAUUCUGAAGGAUGAGUAUGGUUUUAUCGUGAUCGAUCUCUCAGCAAUCUUCUGUUGCGAUUCUUCCAUUGAACCAAUGGAAUGGAUAAAAGAGCACAAUCCACAUUUUGAAGCAGCUAUUGAAGCAAUAUCUGUGCAGAAAGAAGCUGAUCUUCAUGAUUGACUUACUCCAAAUGAGCAGCAAAGGAUUGAUUCAGAUGCUUAUUCACCGAUUAUUUCUAAAAAUACACAUAGGGUUACUGACUCUGAAACAAGUGAAGAGACUAUUUCAAUUGCCAAAAAGUUUGAUUUCUCUGGAAAAGAAGAGAAAGAGGACCAGAAAGAGGACCAGAAAGAGGAGGAAGAAAGCAAGGAGCUUACCCUCAUAACACCAGAAGAAAAUAAAGAAAGUAUCAAAGCUCUAUUCCCUAAAAAGUUCCCAAAAGACUAUUAUCUUGAUGAAGAAUCCCAAAUAAGAGUUGAGCAAAUUACCACAAAAGUGGUAAGGAUCAUUAAAGAUUACAGAAAGCUAGAUUUUGUGAUUUACCCUGUCGUAGAUUUAUCUCUUUGGGACUCUCUACUUCUUACGUGCUAUCACUUAGACUCUCCUCUAAAGAUGAGAUAUAAUUCUUUUAAAGAAAAGUACGGAGAAGAUAUUGAACUCAUGGACUUUAUUGAACUCGAAGAUGAUAUUGUGUUUAAAUCAAAAUAUCAAACUUGGAAAAUGGACAAAUACCAAGAGAGAAUAAAGAACCACUACGUAACAGAUGGAACUCAAGAAGAUCUUAAGAGGAAGAUUAUAGAAUUCAACCCUGUAAAUGAAGAAAUGAUAAGGCCUAAAUGGCCUACCUAUUUCAUGAGGUUAGCCCACAUUGUUUCCUCUAGAUCAAACUGAAUCAAGAAAUCAGUGGGAGCUAUUAUAGUUAAUGAGAACCAACAGAUUGUUGCCACUGGUUAUAAUGGCACCCCUUUCGGCUUCGAAAACUGAUAUGAAGGAGGAUGUAGCAGAUGUAAUGACUUUAACAAUAAACAAGGUGAAAAUUUAGAUUUAUGCGUUUGUAUUCAUGCUGAAGAAAAUGCUAUUCUUAUGGCCAGUAGAGUACAAACCGAUGGAUGCUCCCUCUAUGUUACACUCCAUCCUUGUGCUCUGUGUGCUAAGUUUAUUAUUCAAUCAGGCAUCAAGAAAAUUUAUUACUAUGAGGAUUACAAUAGCAAGAUAUCCAGAUCAAUCUUAUCCAAGAUGAAAAUCCCUGUCACCAAGAUAGACCCAUAUCACUAA